ACUUCCUUGGGGAACGACACUGAACCAUUCAACAGGUAGAGCAGGUCACCCAGAGCUGAACAAGGCGAGCGCCAAUCCCCAGCCUCGGCGAGCUAAGUUUGCAACUUGUUACCUAAGCCUGGACUGAGAAAAAUACUGCCUCUUCGAACAGGACCUGCUGACUUGCACAACUUUGGAGGAGAAAACAGGAGGACCUUGAUGGGCCGAUGGGCCCGUUCCCGUGCUAUAUGAUUCUAUGUCGCCUGGAAUAUCAGCCUGCAUUGCAACAAAUAAGUGUGAGCAAUGGUGUUGGUAUCUGAUACAAACCUGUAGCAAGAAUUAUUCCCACUUCCUCUGCUUCUGCCCUUGUUUUGUCUCCAUUCCAGAUCCCUCCCUUCCUGCCCUCUCUGCUCUCCUCCCUCCACUGCCUUCCUUGCCAUGCAGUUUUUCUCUGCUCCCCUGUCCUUUUGCACACAAUCUUCCCCUUCACCCGUUUCCCCUCUCUCUUCACCAUCUCCAUCCCUUUCCGUCUCCCCAUUGCCAUUUCCUGAUCUUCUCAAUCCCAUUUCCUCACACUGGAUCCUCUUUCCUCUUGCCCUACACCUUUGCUCAUUUGCCUCCAUCUUGCUCCAUUUCACGGAGUCUCCUAUCUCUUCCUCUACCAUACUUCUCUACAUUUUCACUCCCUCGUCCCCAUCUCUCUUUCUCUCAUCCAUCUUUAUACCCCUCUCUCUCUCUCUCCCUUUUCUCCUUCUCCCUCACUCCUUUUCCUCUCAUCUCUCCCUCAUUUUCCAUCUCUCUCUCAUCUCCCGCCACCCUUCUCACUCCUCCUUUCUCUCUAAUUUCUAAUUUUCUCUCUCCCCAUCUCAUCUCUCACCUUUCUCUCUAUCUUUUACCUCUCGCCCCCUCCUCCCAAUACCACACUUCUUUCUCCCAUUUCUCCCUCUCCCACCUCAGCUCGCUCACUCCCACCUCUUUCUAUCUUUCUCUCUCUCUCUCUCAUAGCUCCCCCCUUGCUCUCUCUCCCUGUCUCACACAUUAUCUCUCCCUCGUACUCUCUCUCACACACUCACUUUCUCCCUCUCUCUCACACACAUCUCUCUCCCCGCCUCUCCUCUCUCCUCCAUUCUCCCCGUUUCUCUCCCUCUCACAUCUCCUCUCACGUCUCCUCGCUUUCUUUCUUUCUCUCAUACUCUUUUACACUCUCUCUCUCUCUCACGCACACAUAUCAUCCUCUCUCUCCCACUCUUAUUCUCAUUCUCCCUCUCUUUCACACACAAGUCUAAAGCAUCUAGAAACACUGCUACUCGCUUCACUUCCAGACCACUCUCACUUUCACCUCAGUGACAAGUCCCUCAACCAAUCGGUCGUGCAAGUUGUGUUGGGACGUUAUCUGGCUUUGGUGUUGUCGACGAGGCUGCCACUCACCCGGCAAGGACUGUUGUGCUGUGCAGCGGCAACAGGAACAGUGUGGUGUAGCUCUGUGGUUUAA